CUACAACUACAACUGUCCCCUUCUCUUCUCACACAUCAAUCUUUUCUCUCUUUCCCUUUUCCUCUUUCAUAUUUCCUUCUUCUUUUUACACCAACAACAAGCACAUCCCCACUCUCUGUUGCCACCACCCAUUAUUACCUCAUUCUCCAACUCCAACUCCAACAACACACACACACACAGUGGUAGUUUAGUUUUAGAGAGAAGAAGAAGCAUGGAAUAUUACUGGACUCUGUUCAACAACAGUAGCAGUAGCAGCAGCAGCAACAGCAGCAGCAGCACUACCUCCCGAGGGCAUAUCGGGAAUUUCACCUCCACCCAUGCAUGGGACUCCCCCUGGGACCUCGCUCCCUACUACUCCGACCCGCACCUCACGUGCUUGAAGCUCGGGAAGCGGCUGUCUCCUCCGCCGCCGCCGCUGUCCGUCUUCAAGAGAGGCAGGGCCGCCGCCCCCACCGCUCCCGCGGCGGCGCCGCGGUGCCAGGUUGAAGGAUGCGAGGCUCCGCUGCUCAACGCCAAGGACUAUCACCGCCGGCACAAGGUGUGCGAGAUGCACGCCAAGGCUCCUAGAGUCGUGCUUCUCGGAAUCGACCAACGCUUCUGCCAGCAAUGCAGCAGGUUUCAUGCGGUGGGGGAGUUUGAUGAGGCGAAGAGGAGUUGCAGGAGGCGGCUGGCCGGCCACAACGAGAGGAGGAGGAAGAGCUCGCAGGAACAUGCGACUGCUUUUGGUAGGAAACAAUAUCAAGACAUGAAAAUGGCGGGUGGAGGCAACAGUGAACGUGCUCUCUCUCUUCUGUCACGGUCGCCGGCGAGCUACGGCCCGUGGAGCGCCUCGCCCAGCGCCGCCCUGCGCGAGCUCAUCGCCGAGAAUCGGGCCUCCGUCUUCGCCUGCAGGCAGCUCGAAAUUGGGAAGCUAGGGCCGGGCUGGGCCGGGCCGGAGAACCGCGGCCACGUCACUCUGAAUCUCAUGCAGGGCCCGGACUCUGCCUUCGGGCUUAUUUCGGGCCACGGGCAGCGGCCGCCGUCGUCGGAAGAAGACGGCGGCGGCGGUGGAGAUUGCUCUGAGCUGUGGAAGCUGCCUUUCGGGUACUGAUUUUUGCGUAAGUGUGUCAGUGUGUUUUUAUGAAAUAUCUCUUCUAUUUUAAGCUUUUUUUUUUUUUUUUGCUCAUCAAAAUUUGUGGUUACGAUUUCGCCUUCGUAUUUGUUGUUUUAUUAUUGUAGUAAUAAUCUUAUUUCUACUGAUUUUUUGUAGUAUAAUAAUUGGUUGUAUAAAUUUA